AUGUUUCACCAUCUUACCAAAGGUUUGAUUGGUGUUGGUCGCAUUGAUGAAGUUGUUGAUCUUUUGCGUCAGAUGUUGAACAAAGGACACGUUGUUCAUUCGUUGGUUUAUAAUAAUAUGAUAUUGGGUUUUCUUGAGCUUGGUAAUUUAGACAAAGCUAAUGAGCUUUUAGAUGAGCUCAAAGAAAGGUGUUUGGUUUAUGAUGGUGUUGUGAAGGCUACUUACAUGGAUUGGUUCUUUAAUCAGAGAAGAGAUAAGGAGGCUAUGGGUUCUUACAAGUCGUUAAUGGAUCGUCAAUUUAGGAUGAUUUCGGCAACUUGUUUGUUGGAGGUUUUGCUUAAGCAUGGUAAGCAAAAGGAGGCUUGGGAAUUGUUUGAUCAGAUGUUAUAUAAUCACACUCCUCCUAAUUUUCAAGCUGUUAAUUCUGAUACUUUUAAUAUCAUAGUUAAUGAGUGCUUUAAGCGUAAGGUUGAUGAAGUUGUUUCUACUUUUAGGAAGGUCGGAACCAAACCUAAUUCUAAGCCUUUUAUAAUGGAUGUUGAUGGGUAUCGUAACAUUAUCUCUAGAUAUUGUGAGAGUGGGGUGUUGUUCGAAGUUGAAAUGUUGUUUCAAGAGUUGUGCUCCAAGUCUUUGAGCCCACAUGUGCCUCCUCACACUGUUUUGAUAGAUGGGUAUUUGAAAGCGGAUAGGAUUGAUGAAGCCUUGGGGAUAUUUAACAAAAUGGUUGUUUCUGGUUUGAGGGUGGUUGCUACCUUUGGAAACAGGGUGUUUGAUGAAUUGAUUAAGAAAGGUAAAGUUGUUGAGUGUGCUCAGAUUUUUGAGCAAAAUGGGAGAAAAAGAUCCUAA